AUGUCGCGGCGGCCGGCGGCCGGCGCGACGCUGCUCGGCCUCCGCUUCGCCCUCGCGCUCGCGUUCGCGCUCCAGACGCGGGCGCAGGACUCGGUCAAGCCCUGCCCGCCGCCGUCCCCGACGCUGGCCUCCCGCGGCGGCGAGGGCACCUUCACGGUCACGUUCCAGAACGACAUCGACGAAGAAAUCAGCCUCUUCUGGAUCGACUCGCACGGCAAAGAAGUCCCGCAGGGCACGAUCCUGCCCCUGGCGGAGACGACGCGCGAGUCGUACGGCGGCCACGCGUUUCGCGUGCGCCAGAUGGGCGGCGCGCGCGAGACGCUCGUGGAGACGGUCAUGGAGGGCGCCAAGCGCAAGAUCAAGAUCCGCGUGGGCGCGUGCGGCGCGCUGGCCGCGAUCCAGGCCCUGCCGCCCGCGAGCCCGCGCGCCGCGGAGUUCGAGGCGCUGCUCCACGACCUCGGCCGACCGUGCUCCGGCCCGAGCCGGGACUGGAGCUGCGUCCGCUACCUCCACGCCGAUGAUCUGCGGACCCGGGACCCGGAGGCCUACGGCAUCCAGCCCAACGAGACGCACGCCCGGCGCUGGUACACGACCGUCGACCACACGUACGUCGACCAGAUCAACCGCAUCCCCAAGGUCACGGCCGGCCCGGGCUACGCGAAGAUGUCCUUCACGCAGCCCAUGCACGACGCCUUGACGGAGUGGUACGCGGCGCGCCGCCACGACAGCAUGAAGCCCCACGGCGUCAUCCCGGGCGGUUACACGAACAACGACCACGUGCUCAUCGACAAGGUCAACCUCGACCACUUCCCGGAGACGCACGGCGCCGUGCUCCGCGAGAUGCGCGAGAUCCUCCAGUGGUGGACGGGGCUCCGCCUCAAGCACACGUCGACCUUCGGCGUCCGCGUCUACCGCCGCGGCAGCUCGCUCAUCGACCACGUCGACCGCAUGGACACGCACCUCGCGUCGGCGGUGAUCCAGAUCGACCAGCGCGUCGACGCCGACGGCGGCUGGCCCCUCGAGCUGCUCCUCCCGAACCGCACCGUCGCCGAGGUCUACACGCAGCCGGGCGAGAUCAUCCUCUACGAGGGCGCCUGGCUCCGCCACGGCCGGCCCAUGCGCUUCAAGGGCGACGAGUUCGCCAACGUCUUCUCCCACUUCGCGCCGCCGGACUGGCACGGCGCCCACCGCAGCCCCACAUCGACGAUGAAGCGCGCGAGAGAAAGCCCCACGACGUGCAAGAUGUUCGUCGGCGGCCUGUCGCAGAGCACGGACAGCAACCGCCUCGUCAAGUACUUCGAGGGCCGCUACGCGCCGCACCGCGUCGCCAGCGCCGUCGUCAUGUACGACAACUCGACGGGCCGGUCGCGGGGCUUCGGCUUCGUGACCAUGGACGUCGGCGUCGUCGUCGACAUCAUCGAGGCGCAGCGGCGCGACCCGCGGCGCGGCGCGGCGUGCCACGCGCUCGACGGUAAGACCAUCGAGAUCAAGGCCGCGACGCCGCUCGGCGCGAGCGCGCCGCCCGUGCGGUCGCCGCGCGGCGGCGAGCCGCUGCGGCCGCCGCCGCCGCAGUCGUCCGAGCUCGACGACCUGCUCCUCGGCGCGCCGCCGCGGCCGCCGCCGGCCUACGGCGGCGACUACGGCGGCGGCUACGGCGGCGGCUUCGGCGCGCCGCCGCCGCCGCCGCACGGGGGCUUCGGGCCGCCGUACCACCACCCGCUCGCGGCGGACCCGCGGGGCCGCGCGCCUCCGCCGCCGCGGGGCUACGCGCCGCCGGCGCCGCCGCCGCGGCGGCCCGACCCCGUGCCCGAGAGCCCCGCGGCCGCCGCCGCGCUCGCGACGAUGCGGGCCAUCGAGAUCGGGCUGAAGAGGGCGCGGGGCUCCGACGGCGCGCCGCCGCCGCAGGCGCCGCCGCGCGGCGGCGCGGCCGCGCCGGGCCUCCAGGCCUGGCUCGGCGAGCAGGCCGUCGACGCCGAGGCCGCGGCGCUCCUCCUUGGCUCGUCGAGCGACGUGCAGCUCGCCGUCAUGGGCGAGGGCGCGGUCCACGGCGUCAACCCGAGCGCGUGCCUCGUGUCGCGCGUGCUCCGGCUCAAGAAGCUCGCCAACGCCGGCGCGCUCCCGCGACCACAGUACUAA